CUUAUUUUACCGUCACCGAUCACGGAGGCGUAGUCACGCACGAACGCUGUCGGUUUGAGUCACCUAGCUUACAGCCGCGUAUCACUUCACACCGAUAUAAGUCGGAAGAUUUGCAUUUUAAAACAUAUUUAACCAAAAACUUCACUGAAUCUGGAUUUAACGUACUGAACCUUUAUAUGGACUUUGCUCUUUGCAGCAUUCUGCGUGUUUCCCCACUGUAUUUUCUCCGUAGAUAGCAGUUCGAUUUCAGAAGGCGGCGAAAUGGCAACGGACGAGCUGUCAUCGAAGCUGAACCGCAGGCUGCAGAUCGAGGAUGGCGCGCACGAGCCGGUGGCCCUGGACGAGGCUCACGAGAACGGAGCGCACGAGAAAGCGGCCACGGCCAGCGCGGACUCAGAGCUGGGAGCAAUACUGCAGCGGCGCGGGGAGCUGAACGAGGGCGUCGGUGAACACCAGCAGCACAGCAUGAAGGUGUUCAACCCCUACACCGAGUUCAAGGAGUUCUCGAGGAAGCAGAUCAAAGACAUGGAGAAGAUGUUCAAACAGUAUGAUUCCGAGAAAGAUAACUUCAUCGAUCUGAUGGAGCUGAAGCUGAUGAUGGAGAAACUCGGUGCACCUCAGACUCACCUGGGCCUGAAGAACAUGAUCAAAGAAGUAGAUGAGGACUUGGAUGGCAAACUCAGCUUUAGAGAGUUUCUCCUUAUCUUCAGAAAAGCAGCAGCAGGAGAGCUGGCGGAGGACAGCGGGCUUCAUGUCUUGGCACGUUUGUCUGAGAUUGAUGUGUCUACUGAGGGAGUGAAGGGAGCAAAAUCAUUCUUUGAGGCAAAAGUGCAGGCCAUUAAUGAAUCAAACCGGUUUGAGGCGGAAAUCCGCCAGGAGCAGGAAGAUAAGAAGCGUCAGGCGGAGGAGAGGAAACAAAGACAAGCUGCUUUCAAAGAGCUAAAAUCAGCCUUCAAAUAGCCUCAUCCACCUCGACAGCCUCGAUUUACUCAUCCACUUUUGUCCGUCUGUCUGUUAUCAGAGUCCCCUGCAAUCAGAGAUACUAUGCAAGGCCGUGAAAUGCUCAGAGAACCAUGCAGAUUCAUCUUCCUGAGAGAGGGACACUUAUGUAGUUCGUGCUCAUGAGCGGAUGUCAGUGUUGAAAUCGUCUGUUUUACCAUUGCCUGGUUCUCUCACGCUCACUCUCAGGCUUAUUUUAAAUGUGAAGCCAGACACUGAUCUCUAUACACUGGAUUGGAUUUGUUCUGUUUCA